UGGCGGGGCGGAACAUGUCUCCCGCCGCAGGAAGAUGAGGCAGCGCCGGCGGCUGCGGGCGUAGCGGGCCACCGCAGGCCACCGCCGCGCGCUGCCGCCUCCGCCACGGUCCCUUCCCGCGGGGCCUGCCCUGAGAGAAGCCCGGGAGAGGCCAGCCGACGCGAACGCGAGCAGGGAGGAGGAGGAAGGACGCGCGCCCCCGAGCCCUGCGCGCUCCCGCCGCCCACGCGCGACCCUCGGGGACGCGCCCGCCACCCUUUUGUCCCCGGGGUCCCCGAGGGCGGUGGGCAGCAGGGAGCCCCGGCGCCCCCGCCCAGCAGGGCUGUCUCUAGGCCUGGGGAGUGCACCCCAGUUCCUACGCCUGCUGCCUGGCUGUACGAUGAACCAGUCUCAGAGAAUGGCACCGGUGGGCUCUGACAAAGAACUCAGUGACCUCCUGGACUUCAGUAUGAUGUUCCCGCUCCCCGUGGCCAAUGGGAAGGGCCGGCCCUCCUCCCUGGCCGGAACCCAGUUUGCUGGCUCAGGACUUGAGGACCGACCGAGCUCAGGCUCCUGGGGGAACAGUGAUCAGAACAGUCCUUCCUUCGACCCCAGCCGGACAUACAGCGAAGGUGCCCACUUCAGUGAGUCCCACAGUGGCCUGCCUUCCACGUUCCUAGGACCUGGGCUUGGAGGCAAGGGUGGUGAGCGGAGCACCUAUGCCAGCUUUGGGAGAGACAGCAGUGUUGGCCCACUGGGUCAGGCUGGCUUCCUGCCCGGUGAAUUGGGACUCAGCAGCCCUGGGCCACUGUCUCCAACGGGUGUCAAGAGCAGCUCCCAGUAUUACCCCUCGUACCCCGGCAACCCUCGGCGGAGAGCUGCAGAUGGUGGCCUGGACACACAGCCCAAGAAGGUCCGGAAAGUUCCGCCUGGUCUUCCCUCCUCGGUGUAUCCAGCCAGCUCAGGUGACAGCUACAGCAGGGAUGCUGUGGCCUACCCCUCCGCCAAGACCCCCAGCAGCGCCUAUCCCUCCCCCUUCUACAUGGCAGACGGCAGCCUGCAUCCCUCAGCGGAGCUCUGGAGUCCCCCGAGCCAAGCGGGCUUUGGGCCCAUGCUAGGUGAUGGCUCGUCCCCUCUACCCCUUGCACCGGGCAGCAGUUCCGUGGGAAGCGGUGCCUUUGGGGGCCUCCAGCAGCAGGAACGCGUGAGCUACCAGCUGCACGGAUCUGAGGUCAAUGGCUCACUUCCGGCUGUGUCCAGCUUCUCAGCCACCCCUGGCACUUAUGGUGGAACCUCUGGCCACACACCACCUGUGAGUGGGGCCGACAGCCUUAUGGGUGCUCGAGGGACUACAGCCAGCAGCUCAGGGGAUGCCCUUGGGAAGGCGCUGGCCUCGAUCUACUCUCCGGAUCACUCCAGCAAUAACUUCUCAUCUAGCCCCUCAACGCCUGUGGGCUCACCCCAGGGCCUGCCAGGGACAUCACAGUGGCCCCGGGCAGGGGUGCCCAGUGCCUUAUCCCCCGGCUACGAUGGGGGUCUCCAUGGCCUGCAGGGCAAGAUGGAGGAUCGCUUGGAUGAGGCCAUUCAUGUCCUUCGAAGCCACGCUGUUGGCACGGCCAGCGAUCUCCACGGACUUCUGCCUGGCCAUGGGGCCCUGACCACAAGCUUUUCAGGCCCCAUGCCACUGGGCGGGCGGCACGCAGGCUUGGUCGGUGGGAGCCACCCUGAGGAUGGCCUCGCCAGUGGUGCCGCUCUUCUGCACAGCCAUGCCAGCCUCCCGAGCCAGCCGGGCUCCCUCCCUGACCUUCCGCAGAGGCCACCAGACUCCUACAGCGGACUCGGGAGGGCGGCGGCCACAGCGGGCGCCGGUGAGAUCAAGCGGGAGGAGAAGGAGGACGAGGAGAAUGCGUCAGUGGCAGACGCCGAGGAGGACAAGAAGGACCUGAAGGCCCCACGCACACGCACCAGCGCAGACGAGGAUGAGGACGACCUUCUCCCCCCAGAGCAGAAGGCUGAGCGGGAGAAGGAGCGCCGGGUGGCCAAUAAUGCCCGCGAGCGCCUGCGCGUCCGCGACAUCAAUGAGGCCUUUAAGGAGCUCGGCCGCAUGUGCCAGCUGCACCUCAGCAGCGAGAAGCCGCAGACCAAACUGCUCAUCCUGCACCAGGCCGUGGCCGUCAUCCUCAGCCUGGAGCAGCAGGUGCGAGAACGCAACCUGAACCCCAAGGCGGCCUGCUUGAAGCGGCGGGAGGAGGAAAAGGUGUCUGGCGUGGUCGGGGAUCCCCAGCUGGCGCUGUCGGCUGCCCACCCGGCCCUGGGCGAGGCCCACAACCCGACCGGGCACCUGUGAGCCGUCGCAGAGUCUUCGUGGGACCAGGGACCACCGCACUCUCUGCCCAGGGUGCGCCCAGGACGGUCCUGGACGAGGCAGGACUCCAGCGAGGCAUGGGCCAAGGGCCCGCACCCAUCGCGGUGCCAGCAAGGCUCCUGAGGCACCUCGGGGCCUGGGGUGCCCCUGAGCAGCGGGCGUGGCUUGGCCCCAGUAACCAAGCUGAAGGGAACUUCCCCCCUCGAUUAACCGAAACUGGAAACAAAGCCGCAUGCUCACUUUUCAGAAAAGAAGAAAAGAUGCCUUAAUUAUGUAAGACGGAAGAAUCGGGACCGUGCCCUGGCAAGGGGCCUCCCAGGACUGGCUUCUAGUUCAGAGCCACCAGCACAUCGUGCCUAAGCAGAAAAAAAAAAAAAAAUUUUUUUUUUUUUUAAGGAGAAUAAAAGAAUGUUAGUUAUCAAAUUUUUUUUUUAAUGUAGACAAAAGUUAGCAAGAACGAGGCCUUCCGUGUCAUUUUUUUUAAGCUUUCUUUUGUGUAUGUUUUGUAAGCAACAAAUUUUUGUAUAAAAGUCUCCUGUCUGUUCCUGUUUCUAGAA